AUUAAAAGUAGGCUGUAUAAAAACAUUAAUUAUACUUUCAACGGAUUUAAGCAGAAUGUUACAGGCAAUAAUUUUGACCUGUAUAUUGUUCGCAACUUGCAUUUAUUCAACCAAUCCAGGAUUGAGACUUCAUAUAACACAGAAUGGAAUAAAUUAUGCUAAUACCGUAGCAGUGGAUCUAAUUUCCAAGACAGUACUAAGUGCUAAAAUACCAGAUCAAAGUGGAUCAGGACAUCAUGUAGAAUAUAACAUCUAUGGUAUGGUAAUCAAAAACUUCCAACUAGGAACCAGCAGUAUUAAGCUUUCGUCUGGAAGUGACCUCAAAUGGACAACAGCAAACAUCGUAUUGGAAAUUGAUGGGAAUUUUCACUAUAAAUAUAGAUGGCAUUUUAUCAAGAUAUCUGACCAUGGAAGAUUUACAGUUCAGUUUUCAGGGAUGUCGUUCAGCGUCGGAAUAAAUACGGGUGUUGAUGGCAAUGGGAGACCAACAAUUAAAUCUGCACAAUGCGCAUGUAACAGUGGUCAUGUUAAUUUCAAAUUCCAUGGAGGAAGAGCUUGGAUCUACAAUACGUUUGCAGGGAAAGUUUCUAAGGCUAUUAGUGAACAGUUUCAGAAAAAGAUGUGUGGAAUAGUUCAAAAUCUCAUUGAUAAUAAUGCACAGAAGAGUCUUUCAACUAUGAAAGUUCAGGUUAAACUAGGUAAAGUCCUGACACUUGACUACAGACUCAUGUCAGCUCCAAAGGCAACUCAGCAGUAUAUAGAAGCGAGUCUUAAGGGAGAAAUACUCUGGACCAGUGAUAAAACAGAAGCACCAUUUGCACCACAAUCAAUGGCACCAAUCACAGACAGCAAGAUAAUGGUUUACAUCACAUUGUCAGAUUAUGUCUUCAACACUAUGUUUUAUCAAGCGCAUAAACAUAACAUGCUUGUGUUCAACUUGACUUCAAAAAAUAUCAAGGACAAGAAAGAUAUAUUGAACACAACCUGUUCAGGUCUGUGUAUUGGGAAAUUUAUUCCACAGAUCGAAAAAGCUUUUCCAAAUAGUAGAGUAGAACUACACAUGCUUAGUACUAAACCACCAGUGACAAAUAUAACAGUCGGAGCCCUUGGUGUGAGAGCUGAAGGGAACAUCACCUUGUUUGCUAGGAAAUCAGACAAAAGUCUACAUUAUUUGUUUACAAUCUAUGCUAAAGCAUCAAUAAAAGUGAAUCUUUCAAUGGCAAAUGAGAUGAUAAAUGGAAAACUCUACGAUACGAAAAUUCAAACAAAAGUUAUAGAGUCUGCCAUUGGUACAAUAAAUGAUAGAGCAUUACAAUUCCUUGUGGACAGUGCCAUCAUAACCACCAUAGAACCAAUGAUCAACGGUCUCGGAACCAAAGGUUUUCCUAUGCCAUCGACAAAGGAUUUACAAUUCCAACAGUCUAAUAUUAAACUAUUGUCGAACACGGUCCUGAUUGAAACUGAUUUGAAGUAUGCUCCUAAAUCAAGUGUGCUGAAGUUUGUGCCUAUGAAUGAACGAUACCUGGCGAUUGAAAUUUAAUCAAUGAAGUUAAAGUGUGUGUGUGAAUGAGAAAUACAUAUUAGAUGUUUUGAAUGACAUUUUAAUUUGUUUGUCCCAUAAAAUACAGUACAUGGUUAAGUUUACUCUACAAUACCACAGGUUUUUAACAAUAUGAUAUCCACAAUGUCUAAAUAUGAAUUUUAUUAACCACUGGCAGUUUGUUUUAUGCCAUAUUUAAAUAUAGAGUUGUGUACAUCAUUCAAAAUUGGACAAUGUACCUGUAGAUUGUAAAUAAAGUUAAAUC